AAAACAAGACUUUAUUGUUACCAUAAGUAAUAAGUUAGAUCUAGCUAGCUCUACUAUGGACUACCAUUCCACUACAAACCCUAGCUCAUCUGGGUCAUCUUCUGCACCCAAGAAUGGCGGAGAGAAAAGGACGGGUGGCAAGAAAAGCAAUGGAGGGGUGAAGUUAUCAACUGACCCUCAAAGUGUGGCUGCGAGGGAAAGGAGGCAUCGUAUUAGUGACAGGUUCAAGAUUUUGCAAAGCUUGGUUCCUGGUGGGACAAAGAUGGACACGGUUUCCAUGUUAGAGGAGGCCAUUAAUUAUGUUAAGUUCUUAAAGAAUCAAAUAUUGCUUCACCAAACUAUAAUGAACUCUGUGGAUGAUGAACGAUCUCUUGAUUAUCAUCUUCCUGCUGGUUCUGCUUCUCUUCCUACUGAGCAACCUUCAUACUUGGACAGCAACCUCGCAUCCGUAGUGCAUCCUUCGUCUUCACUACCAUGCCCAGAUUCUUACUUCCAAGCUGAUGAAAAUUACACGCAUUAUGAUGCAUUUGAUAGUAAGAAUUAUUACUUUUAGUCCUUCUCUGUGUCUAUAUGGUUAAAAGCACGCUUGAUCAGUCGUGGCGUAGGUGGGCUGGCGUGCUGGUGGUAUCAUUGACCUUCAAGUAUUAGUGGCAGCAAUUAGUCCAGGGUUACUCGCUGUACUGUUCUUCGUGAAUUUAAUUUAUGUGUAGUUUCGAUUUUAUCUAAAAUCUUUUAUUCGUUUCAA